UAACUUUCCUCCUCAUUGACUCCAUUUUUGAAAAACUCCUGAUUUUCUUUUAGCCGAAUCUCAUACUCUCUCUCUCCCCUCCUUCGGAUUCCCUCUUCCACUAAUCCCUCGCCUCCUUAAUCGGACCUUCGAAAUCUCUCUUUUUGGGAGAAGGUCUUUUAAUCAAUCAAAACUCCAAUCGAUUUCAAACUUUCUUGGAAUCUCCGUCUUCCUCCAGAGCUUCUUCACCGGAGACACCCUAUCACAUCGAACUCCUAAUUUAUUAGAUAGGUCAAUCAAUCAACCACCAAGUACUGGGAAAAGAGAGUGUCUUUAAAAUCCUUCGAAGGAGAGAUGCUGGGCGCUGGGUUUCAGUUGACGAGGGGACGACACGGCGAAGACCAUUUCUACAAAUCAGCCAAAGGGGCUCGAGCCAAGCCCAAUCACCGCGCCGAUCAGCUACGGAGAGCUCAGAGCGACGUCUCUAACGGCCGAUCAGCUAACCCCAAGCAACGCGAGAACGAGUCUCCUUCUGGGCCGACUAAUCUUGAACGCUUCUUAGAGGCCGUCACACCAUCUGUGCCGGCCCAGUACUCACCCAAGACGUCGUUACGGGAAAGAAAAGCUGCUGAUGAUGAUAAAGUUCCUUACUUUGUGCUCGGAGAUGUCUGGGAGUCGUUUGCGGAGUGGAGCGCCUACGGGGCAGGAGUGCGUCUUGUUUUGAACAACAAGGAUCGUGUUAUUCAGUACUAUGUGCCUUCCUUGUCGGGGAUUCAGAUAUACGCGGAUCCUCAUGCGUUGAGUUCGUCUCUUAAAGCAAGGCGGCUUUGCGACGAUUCUAGUAGCGAUGUCAGCACCGAUAGUGAUUCUGAAAGGGUUGCUGCUGGGAUAGAUCAUGUAUCGUUGAGAGAUCAGCUUCUGGAAGACUCGUCGAGUGAUGAUGGUGAACGUUUAGGUUCUCAAGGUCGUUUGAUGUUUGAGUAUCUUGAAAGAGACCUUCCUUACAUCCGUGAACCUCUGGCUGAUAAGGUCUCUGACCUUGCUGCUCGGUUUCCUGAGCUAAAGACGCUAAGAAGCUGUGACUUACUUCCUUCAAGCUGGUUUUCUGUGGCAUGGUACCCAAUUUACAAAAUACCCACAGGACCUACAGUUAAAGACCUGGACGCUUGCUUCUUGACGUAUCAUUCCCUUCACACACCGGUUGCAGGUCCAAGCGGUGCACAACCAAUGAGCCUUGUGCAGCCCAUAGAGAGUGAGAAAAUGUCAUUGCCAGUAUUUGGGCUCGCUUCAUAUAAGUUCAGAGGUUUUGUAUGGACACAAAAUGGAGGCUCUGAGCACCAGCUAGUAAACUCCCUCUUCCAAGCUGCUGACAAGUUGCUGCGUUCAUGUCAUGUUAGCCACCCUGAUUUGCUCUUCUUCUGCCGCCGCUGAUAUGAUAACUUUUAGUACGAUUUUUAAAAAAGGAAGUUUCUCGAUAAGUUACACAGCCAAAAUGAAAUUUGUGAAAAACAUUUUUAGUGGUUCACAAAGAGUUUGAAUAUUAAAACUCAAACUGUUGAUGGUUGGUCUCAGACCUAAAGUUGCUUUAUCUGUAAGUUAUAGAUAAACGAGUUUUGUUUUUUGUGAGGUUA